AUGGAGACGAUCAGGCACCAUGUCACCAUCAUCCACGCCCAUCGCCAGCCUGGUCCGCCGGCCGCGCUGUCGCGCUCGGGUCCCGCCCUGCGGGCUGCGCAGCUUGAUGACGUCACGGGCAGCCCGCACCCUCCGCGCGGCCGGGUCCUGGCCCCGGGGAAGAAGACACAGACCCUGAAGGUCUGGGCGGUGAGGCCCCGAACCCUCUUCCUGCUGCUGUCGGGGGCCCUGGCGGAGACCGAGACCUGGGCGGGUGAGUGCGUGGGGCGGGAGGAAAGGGCCUCUGCGGGGCCAGAGCGAGGGGACCUUCGGGCGGGGACGCGGGAUCCCCGGGAAGGCGCCUCUCCGCCGCCCCCCGCCCCGCCCCGGCCUGUGCUCCCCUUCUCCCUCCCAGCCUCCGCCCUGCCCUCCCCGCCGCCUGCACCUGCGCCCCGGGCCCCGCGCCGGGAGGAGGGUCGGGCGGGGUCCCCGCCCCUCCGCGCCCGCAGGCUCCCACUCCCUGAAGUAUUUGCACACCGCCGUGUCCCGGCCCGGCCGCAGGGAGCCCCGCUUCGUGGUCGUCGGCUACGUGGACGACACGCCGUUCGUGCGGUUCGACAGCAACCCGGCGAGUCGGAGGACCGAGCCGCGGGCGCCGUGGGUGGAGCAGGAGGGGCCGGAGUAUUGGGACCUGGAGACGCGAGACGCCAAGGGCCACGCACAGCUUUCGCGACGGAACCUAUGGAUCGCUCUCGGCUACUACAGUCAGAGCGAGGGGAUGUUUGGCCGCGACUUGGGGCUGGCCGGGAGCCUCCUCCGCGGGUACCAUCAGUUGGCCUACGACGGCGCGGAUUACAUCGCCCUGAACGAGGACCUGCGCUCCUGGACCGCGGCGGACAGAUGACCCCGCGCAAGUGGGAGGCGGCCGGUGUGGCCGAGCACGACAGCAACUACGUGCAGAACGAGUGCGUGAAGUCGCUCCGCAGGUACCUGGAGAACGGGAACCAGACGCUGCAGCGUGCAGAACCACGCAAAACACAUGUGAGCCACCACCCCAUCUCUGAUCAUGAUGUCACCCUGAGGUGCUGGGCCCUGGGCUUCUACCCUGCAGAGAUCACCCUGACCUAGCAGCAGGAUGGGGAGGACCUGACCCAGGACACAGAGCUUGUGGAGACCAGGCCUGCAGGAGAUGGGACCUUCCAGAAGUGGGCGGCUGGUGGUGCCUUCUGGACGGGAGCAGAUACAUAUGCCAUGUGCAGCAUGAGGGCCUACCCGAGCCCAUCACCUUAACAUGGGAGCCACCUUCUCAGCCCAUCGUGGGCAUCAUUGCUGGUCUGGUUCUUUUCGUGACCACUGUGGUCGUCCUAGCUGUGAUCUGGAGAAAGAAGUGCUCAGGUCGAAUAACAAGAAACUACUCUCACUCUGCACAUAAGGAUGGAGGCGGUGAUCCCUGAGAUCCUUGGGUAGUGUAGACAGGACCCCAUGGGGAGCUCACCCACCCCCUAGCUCCUGUUCUUUCCUCCAGUAGGCGAUGACAUUGCCCAGGGCUGUGAUGUGCGUCUCACAGCAACUAUAGCAUGAGACCAGCUGCCUUGUGGGGACUGAGAGAUGCAAGAUUUGUUCACACUCCCACUUGGUGACACCAACAACCCCUGACUUCUCUUUGUGCAAAAAGUGUCAGAAAGUGUCUGUGCUCCUAUGAGCAUAAUGUGAGGAGGUGGGGAGAGUGGCCCACCCUGCCCACCACGCCCCCUUCGCAUACUGACCUGCAUUCUCAUUUCUGAUGUGCUCUCCCGUUCCAGCAGAGGCGGGGCUGGACCGGCACCAUCCCUGUCUUUAUUUCAUGCAGGACUGCAUACGAAUGACUUACUUCCCUACUGAAAAUGAGAAUCCAGAUAUGAGUUUGUGUUUUUUAACACUUGGCAUGUGGGGUUGUUGAGGUAAUAAAAGAGGAGAUUUGUAAAAUUGAGACAGCAAAUAAGCGGAAGCAUUGAGAACCUUGCAGAACUUUCGUUUGCUGUGUUAAGCCUAUUGCAGGGAGGGACAGGAGAAGGCUCUGAGGAGCCGAGCAGGGAUGGGGCCUGUGCCCAGUCAGUGCUCAGUGCAUCAUGGCUAUGAAAUGCUCACCGCUCAGCUGGGUCAUCUCUCUGCUCUGUGUCCUGCCUCUUCUGUGGAAGCUUGUCUCACCAGGACCUGUGAUCACAGAGACUUGGAUGUCACCUGUCUCCAGGACCUUGUGCAGCAAGAGCUUCCUGUGACUGGGUCAGCUUAGGCUCAGGCCCAGGUCACGACAUAGCCCCCAUUUUUAGGUGGCUUUUUUUUUUUCAUUGUUUCUAUAGAGCAUCAGGCCUGUUCUUGCUCUUGUGUACUUGUCCCAUCCUCCCCUGGGUGACCCCAUCAGUUACAGCAGCGGUGUCCUUUGGGCUGUGGUUCCCACAGGCCUAGUUCAGCCCCUGCACACAGGAAUCUCUGUGGUAUGGAGGGAUGAACUUCCAGAUUCAUCCAUCUCUUCCCCUCCCUCUAGAGCUAUUGUCUGGAUUAUUCUUUAGAUUCUGGAGAUAGAGAAAGGAGGAAUUCUGAAAGGUUCUCAUCCUUAUUAAACUUCAGUUAGUUUCUACCUUCUCGCUGCUCUGCUCUCUCUCACUGCCCUUAGUUCAGUGAUCUUAGUGCUGGCUCCGAUCUAAGUUCAUGGAUUUAUAAAGCAGAGUCUAACAUGGAUUUCUGGGUGGUUGGAGAAAAGGACCCAUAAAGCCUAAGUACAGUGUUUCUUAAGAGAGAACUCUGUGUGCUGUGUGUGCCUGAGACAUGGUGUGGGGGGAGGGGCUGAGCAGAGAGAGGGAGGGGAGGGCAGCCCUGUGAGAAGAGAGAAGCAGCCCGGAUGGUGAGGUGGGUGCACAGGGGGCGGGAGCUGCCCCGGAACAGCUGUGCCUGAGGCGCGUCUGGAAGAGGGGGUCUUCUACCUGCUUAUUCAUUCAACUGAUAAUUGUCAUGUGCCACAUACAGGCCACACUAUGUUUCAUCUAGGACACCUCAGUGAGACUAAGAAGAGGGAAAACUUGCUGGUCUUGUAGAGACUAUGUUCUAGUGGUAAGGGGCAGACUCCACUUGUCUCUCAACGUGAGGAUUGGGGCAGUGGCCCGCUUGGGCAGUCAGUAAUCCAGGUAUAAUUUUGAUUCCCCAAAAACUUAAGUACUAAGAGCCUACUGUUGACUGGAAGCCUUAGUAAUAAAAUACACAGUUGUUUAACACAUAUUUUAUAUGCUACAUAUAUUAUAUACUGUAUUCUAAUAAUUAAGCUAGAGAAAAUAGUAAGAAAUCCUAAGGAGGAAAAAUGCAUGGAUGGUAUUUACUGUAUAAAAGUCCACAGGUGCACAGUCCAAACCAGGGUCAUUCAGAGGUGAACUGUGUAUUGUGUAAGCGCAGUACAUAAGGGAAGGGUUUAAAUAGGAAGUUGGUAGGUGCUGUGAGGAAGGUGACCCAGCGAGCACCGUGCUGGGACAGGGAUGAUGGCUACUUUACUCCAGGGAUCAGGGGAGCCUCAUUGAGAAGGUGACCUCUGAGAGGUUUGAAGGACAUGAAGGAGUUGUGUAAGAGGAAGUCUGGGGGGAGCUCUUUCCAGCCAGGGAACCCCCAGCGCACACACGCUCUAGGGCAGGAGCGCGUCCUGUGUUCAAGGAAAGGUGAGGAGGCUGGUGUGCCUGGAGCAGAGAGCAGACGAAAUGGGGUCAGAUGUCAGCCAUGUCACGGAGGUCUGAGGAUAUUAGAAGGCUUUUGAGUUUUCUCUGAGUGAGGUGUGGAAUUACAAGAAUGAACGAACAGAUCAAUGGGAUUGACUUUCUAGCAGCACCGUGCAGAAUCGAGAGGUGCAGGGCAAGCGACCAGUAGGGAAAGUGUAGGAAACCAGCAAAGUGUCCCAGGUGGGGGACGUGGGCUGUACGGCUGGGGCAUAAGGAGGGAAAAUAAUAGGAAGUGAUGGGGUGCUGGAAAUAUUUACAGAUGGACUUUGCAGCAUUUCCUAAUGGAUUCAUUCUGGGUGGUGAGAAGGAUGAAUCAAGGAGGGCAUCCAGUAUUUCAGACUGCAAGUAGAAAUGUGGGGUGCCUUCAUGGAAAUGGAGAAGACUCUAGAAGUAGCAUAUCUGGGGAAGCAGCAUCACAGGCAUCCACUUUAGGAAUAUGGAAUCUGAGAUGUCUAUUAGAAAUGAAAGCGGGGUUGGCGGUUGGAUACAGAGUGCGGGGUAGGAGAAAUAUCUGGGUGGGAGAAAUAGAUUUGGGAAGUGGUGUCCUAUAAAUGAUGUUUAAAGCCUUCAGCAGAGACGAGGUCACCAAGGGGGCGAUGGCCUUAGAAAGGAACAGGACCAAACCCUGGACUCCUCAGGGCUAAGCAAGCUGAUCAGAGUGCACACCCAGAGUGGACUGCACAGUCUGGUUCUGCGUCUAGAAGGCACAUAGAUCAGGGAGGCCCACCCUUUAGCGUGCACAGGAAUUUCCUGGACCAUGAAGAUCUAGACAGUCCGGAGCAGAGUGUGAGAUUCUGGGUUGAUAACGGGUUGGUGCUGCCACUGCUGCUGGCCUUCAGACCCCACACUGAGUAGCAAGCACAUAGAGCAGGAUCCCCACAUGGCUGGGCAUCAACCUCUCCCGUAGGGCUUAUUAACUGAUUCCUAGGCCCUUGCCCAGCGUUCUAAGAUGGUGGGUCUUGGGAGAGGCCUGAGUAUUUUGUAACAAAGCCAAAAGCAACUCGGGCUCCACCAGAUAGGGAAGCAAUGAAGUCAUUGAUAAGAGCACUCAUUGUGGGAAGAGGUCUUACAUACACAUUUAAUUGGUUUUUGGGGGAUGCCUGGGUGACUCGGUUGGGUGUCCAACUCUUGGUUUUGGCUCAAGUCAUGAUCUGAGGGUCAUGAAAUUGAGCCCCGAGUCAGGCUUCCCACUCAGCGUGGAGUCUGCUUGAAAUUCUCUCCCUCUCUCUCUGCCCUUCCCCCCAACACACGCAGAUGCGCACUCUCUCUCUCUCAAAUAAAUAAACAAAAUCUUUAAAUGGUUUUUUUGUAGGAAGAAAAAUGCAAGACAUGCUGGGAGAAACAUAUUUUCUCUCCCAUGGGGCACAGCCAGGUGGCAGAUGAGGAAGUGCUUAUCAGCUCAACAUAAAAUCUUGGAGUUACUAAGAGUGUGGGUCUUAAAUGUUAGCACCUCACAAAAGGACAUGGUAACUAUGUGACAUGUGGGUGUUAGCUAAUGCUGUGAUUUUAAUGGUUGUUAUCAUUUUGCAGUAUAGAAAUAUAUCAAUCAACAGGUUGUACCCCUAAACUUACUUAUACAAUGGUGUAUAUCAAUCAUAUCUCUGUAAAGCUGGAAAAAAAUGUCUGAAAUCUUGCUCUUGGGAACUCUUCCCUCCGUGGGUUUCUGACUCCUUGUGAUACGUACGUACAGUUACAGAGAGACUUAGGGACAAGAGAGGGCAUAUGGGGUUUGUUUUGUUUCAAGGAAAGCCACAAAACAUGCUUGAGGCUACACAGCCGGGAGCAGAAUCCACACUGGACCCUCGAUGGAGACCUGCGUACAGCCAGCACCCUGCUGCUGGGUGUCAAUGCCACUCUCCACACCACUGACUCCCCUGAUGGAGGACACUGGGCCCUGAGGCUGGGACUGCUAUCACUGCUGCCCUGACCGCUGCAUGACCCCGCGGUGACAUUGCUCAGACCCCCUGUGCCCAGUGCAUGGACGCGUCCCAGUGUGUCUGUCACGUGUCCUGAGUCAGAAUCUGGCAGGGGGUCACGUGAGUGUUGACGCUUCAUGUCAUGUCCAACUGCAAGACUCUUUGACAAAGUGGGUUCUCUUCUCUAUGGAUGGAGGUGGUCUCUGCCUCCGUCAAGAUUGUUUAUGUGGGGCGCCUGGGUGGCUCGGUUGGUUAAGCGACUGCCUUCGGCUCAGGUCAUGACCCUGGAGUCCCGGGAUCGAGUCCCACAUCGGGCUCCCUGCUCAGCGGGGAGUCUGCUUCUCCC